AUGUCUCUAUCCGCGUUGAACUCAGAGCGAACAAAUUCCACGUCACGUUCCUAUUCGGGAACUCAAGAUAUGGCCGAGCAGGGUCUUGACAGCCGCUUCGAAAUGCAUCCAAUGGCAGGCCCCUCUUUAAAUGACGGGACGACUAGCAGGCCGCUUACCCCCCUAUAUUCGAUAACGACAGACGUAGAAGGGCUUGCGUCCUCUCAUCAAAAAAUCCCGUUCAAACAAACGCCGCGAGCAAAUGUUUACCAAGUUGAAUAUGAUAAACUGGAAUAUCCGUGUUACCUGGACCAGCCAAAAGGGUGGUCACAAGUCGCAAGCUUUCUUGAGAGUUGCGAUAGUUUCAGUAUCUAUCGUGGGUUCGCAUCUCUUCACGCAAGAGUGUUAUUAUUCCGAACGAACAGGAUCGUAGCACUACAUAAAAAACUUCAUGAUUUAGAUCUGGGUGAUGCCAGAAACGGAGAUACAUCGGACAGACUCGGAGACAUUUCUCAAGCUGAAGCUCUGGAACUUGAGCUUGAGCAAGAGAAGGUAAUUCUGGGUUUGAAUGAAGAGUUACUUGCUUAUGGUGCACUUUUGAUACAAUUCCAGAAGUUGAAAUCAUUUUCGCCAACACCAGAGAAAGAUCACCUGUCUGUUUAUAGAUGGUUUUGCGGGGAGAAGCUGGUGGAUCUCGAACAAUGCGAAUACAUGCGUCAACCGGAGGAUUUCAUCUCACUCGUUACCCCACAGAGCAACCGAUUGGAAAGAUUUGUUGAAGAUAAUUUGAAUACCCGGCCAAUAUCGUGGUUUCAAAAGUACUUGCUUGCCACGCCUAAACGCAGCAACCCUACAGAAAAGACCGUCAAGUUCUUUUCUACUUUCCGCAUCAGUUUGUUUUCCAAACUACUGGUUGUUUGCAUGACAGUCUUAAUACUGCUCAUACCCGUGAUUCUCUUUUUGACGAUAACGAUGGAGGCAGGAUGGAUGGCAUUUGCCGCGCUCGCAUUCGUAUUUCUCUUCAGCGUCAUGAGAAGUCUACUUACGGAUACGGGGACUCAGGAGAUCUUCGUUGGAACGAGUGCUUAUUGCGCGGUGCUCGUUGUGUUUUUGGGAAAUCUAAAAGGACCAGCUUAG